AUGCCUUCCAUCGCAUCCGUCUCUACCUUUGCGCUCCUUGCCGCGGUGGCAUCUGCCCGCUUCGGUCAGGAGCAGGGCAACGGCGCCAUUUCCGCCAUCUCUGCGCUGUCGGAUCUGGGCUCCUCUGGUCAGGCGGCCACGCUUGCCGGCGGCUCCAUCCAGUUCCUGCUGGCGGCGGCCAACCCCUGCGGCAAGCUCAAGCAGGCCGACCAGAUCAUCACUGAGCUGGGCACCAGCGACCGCGCCGUCGCCGCCGCCCGCGGCCUCGUCGCUGCCGAGCAGAACUUCAACCCCUUUGUCGUCAGCAUCCCCAACAUCUGCAGCGACCCCUCGCUGCCGGCCUCGUCGCAGCUGCGCGGUGUCGUGCCGCUGAUCGACCCGGCCGUUGUCGGCUCCGACCACGAGAACGCCAACAGCAACUCGUCCAAGGUGACGCCCUUCAGCGCCGACGGCCUGAGCGUUGCUCAGAUCAUGGUUGCCCAGGGCUUUUCCAACUUCACGGCCGUUGCUCUGGACGGCACCAAGCAGGCCGCCUCUGCCCUCGGCAGCGCCCCGGCUGCUGGUGCUGCGGCUGCCGGUACUGCCGGUACUGCGGCUGCUGCCACUUCGGCUGCUGCUACCGCCGCCGCAACCUCGGCUGCUACCUCGGCUGCUGUGGUCGCUAAUGCUGGCAGCAGCUGUGCUCCCCCUGUCACCAUCACCACCUUUGUGACUGCCGAUGCUGCUGCUGCUACCACUGCGGCUGCUGCCACCUCGGUCGCUGCUGCUGCUGCUGCUGCCUCGAGCUCGUCUUCGUCCGCUGCUGCCGGCACCUGCACGGGUGGUGGUAGCACCCUCGUGUGCUCCAGCCCUGCUGUUGGCGCCGGUGCCGUGAAGAACGCUGUGACGGGCAACUUUGAUGGCUUCGUCAAGUCCACCAUUGCCGGCCUCGACUUUGGUCUCUGCGUGCCUACGAUGAAGUUCGAGGCUGGUCUUGACGGCCGUGCUUCCACUGCCAACACCUUCCAGGCCAUCGACCCGCAAGUCAACAAGGGCCAGGAGGAGGCUCUGAACCCGUCCAUCAUCACCAACCGCAUCCACGACCAGAUGACCAACGUCUGCGGUGCCAACCAGGCCGCCAAGGAUGCCGUUGCUGCUGCUGCCACCAAGGUUGCCGCCCUCGGCACUCGGGACGCCACCACUGCCAACACCUGGAACACCCUUCUGGGCUUCGACGGUACCAACAUCAACCCCGACAACGCCCCCCAGACCGGCCUUGUUGGCCACACGUAA